AUGGAGACAGUUCCCGAUUUUCUACAGAAAAUUAAACAACAAUACUUGCAGCAAGUCAGCCCGAACCAUUUUCAAUGGGUUACUUCUGAUAAUGAAUGGUCAAUUUUAGUAGAGCCUUUUGCACAGGCGUAUCUGUGUGAGUUUCUGCGUCCGUCUAUUUAUACAAAACUUCUUUUAAAGUCUUAUUUUCGGCUUCUCGAUAAAUACAAUCAGGACCAUGCAGAACCCGUUGAGACACUGUUUUACAUAUAUAUAGAAUCACUCUCUAGCAGAGAAAUUCCUCCUGUACAAUAUACACUAUGUGAUUACUCUGUUCGAGUGUACGAGUCUCAAAAUGUUUUGCUACGAGAAGGGACCACAGGUGCGCGUACUUGGGAAGCUGGGAUGGCUCUUGCAGAACUGCUAUACCAUAAUCCUAUAAACCCUGGAACCCGUGUUGUAGAACUAGGUGCUGGUACUGGCUUGGUCAGUAUUUUAUGCUCUAAAAUGGGGGCUUCCGUGUUAGCCACCGACGGGGAUAACAACGUAUGUCAGGGUAUUAAAAGAAAUGCUCAUCUAAAUGGCUGUGAUAUUCCUGUCCAACGUUUACUUUGGGGUGUUGAUCCUCCCGUUUACGCUGACCUAGUCCUUGCAUCAGACGUCACAUAUGAGGGAGACUUACGAUGUUUAGCAACUACGAUGAAUGACCUUAUUACAGUUAAUCCUUGUUGUAAGAUCCUUUUAGCAGCAACAUUGCGAAGACAGGAGACAAUUGACAACUUUUUACGGCUACUCCCGAAUUUCCAUGUAAGAGUUUUAACAAACAAAAAAUACGCGAAGCUCCUAUAUUAUGAUAGUCCUCCUGUUGUUUUCUAUGAGAUAUUUCGGUAA